UCUCACCUAAACACUUUGAAUCUCACGGUUAUGGAAUCAAAUCUUGCGACAGUUCAUACAUUUUUUUUUUUGGAUUUGUAGUCUUUAAUCAAUCACACAGAACGUUAGAUUUAUGAUAUUUUUGGCUUAUAUCAAUUAUCAUAAGGUUAGGAAGAUUGUUUGUCGUAAUAUGUUUGGAGAUGAAUGUAACAUGUUCCACGACAUUAACAUCUACAAGAAGAAUGUAACAUGUUCACCGAUUCAACAGGAAUUUAAUCAUGGCGGAUACAAUAGUUGCUCAUAUUGAUCAACAAAAUAACCUAGAAUUGUUGGACCGGGAUGUGAAUCCGUUGUUGGAGAGGAAAUGGUACGUAUAUGGUGGAGUAGUGAUGGCACUAUUGAUGUGGAUAGUGGGAGUCAUGAGGCUAACCAAGAACAUGCCGAGGAGACUCGCCAAGGCCAAUGUGUACCCAGAUGGAGUGAGGGUUAUGCCGACGCAGGAGUAUAUGGCGAUGGCGAAGAAGAUGGCUGAUCUUGAGGAGAAAUACGAUUCCGUGGAUGCUCAGGCUGUGGUUUCUCGGGAGAAGGAGAAGGUUCUCGACGCUGCACUUGGUUGUGUUGACCAGCUUCAGCUUCAGUUGUCCGAAACCAAGAAGGCGCUGGACGAGACAAUGACGCGGCAACAUGAGAUGAUGGCUUUGAUAGAGAAGAAAAAGAAGAAGAAGAGGAAGGUAAGAAGAAGAACACAUAUUAAACAAUUACACCUUAAGACUGAUUACACACAUUUUUUUUCAUUUACAGUUCUUACUGAAAGGCUGCUUCGGAGGAGUAUCUUCAGCCUCCAGCCUUUAGAAAGCAAAUACACUUCAGUUUUCUGUAACUCCAUGAAAAAGAGAUACUGGAGAAGAUGUAAUUGUUCUGCUUAGGACUCUCUCUCUCUCUCUUUCUCACUUAUUGGUUGUAUAAUUGUGUUCUCAUUUCUUCUCUUAUUGUUUAGUUUGUUUUAUUGAUAGAAAACUUAUAAAUGAGCAAUUUGUCA